AUGAGAAACUUAAUUGAGUAUGGAGGACGGAGAGCAUAUUUAAGUUCAAACUUGAGGGAGAUUUGGUUUAAGGUUACUUUGAAAGAAACUAAAUCAGAGACACUGUUGAUUGCUAUUCAAACCAUAUCAUACGCUAUUUCAGUUGAUUUAAAAAUGAUAAACCAAAAACAUUUCUUUACGAUUUAUAGAAAUUGUGCUAGUCGAGUCGCUUUUACAAAAAGACCGGGUACAUUAUCAUCCAAGUUUUGUGCACAAUUUAAAGAAUAUUAUCCAAAACUCAUAGACAGAGCAUUGGAGCAGAAUAAAUAUAUUGAUCAUCCACUCUUAAAGGACCGAAUCAAGAAGAUAUCAGAACAUUUUAUACUUUCCAAGUUUCCUAUUCAAGGUGAAUUCUUAAUACAUGCCUAUGAGUUGUUAGAGAAACCUGAAAAUAUAACAAAAGAAAAGUUGAAUCAAGCAUAUAUCUUGGCAUGUUCUACAGAAGUGUAUCAAACUUACAUCUCGGUGCAGGAUGAUGUGUAUGAUAUGAGUAAAACACGCUCAGGAAAACCUUGUUGGCAUUUGAUGCCUGAUGCGAGUGCUUUAGCUAUAAACGACACGACGAUACUACGAAGUUUUAUGAACGAAAUAUUGGGACAAAAUAUUGACGAAUCAAUGUAUACACAAGUCAUAAACGUUUUCAAUGAGAUGUACCUCGUAGUGGAGAUGGGGCAAUUACUAGAUUUAUAUUUUACCAAAACGAAAAACUAUGAUGAUUUCACGAUGGAAGCUUAUAAUAGGAUGUGUUACAUGAAAGCUUCAUAUCCUUUCAUGAACUCAGCGACAUUAUUUGCGUUAAUUUUAUGUAAUAAGGCGAACGAAGAAUCUUUUAAGCUUGUGUUUGAUUUGUGCAAUGAGCUCGGCGUUUUCAUCCAGAUUCAUAAUGACUUUACGGAGUGUUUCGACGUCGGCGAGUCAAUGAGUAAAAAAUCUACUAACGACAUUGAAAAUAAUAAACUAUCGUGGACGGCUGUAGUCGCAUUACGGCACUUCAAUACCGAGCAAAGAAAUAUUUUCAACGAAUGUUAUGGAAACUCAAAUCCAGAAAAAAUUAAGCGAAUUAUACAACUGUACGAAGAAGUAAAUUUGCGGCAGCUGUUUAAAGAAGAAGAGAAUGCUCGCUAUAACAAUUUUCUACGAAAAGUUCAAAAUUUACCGGCAAAUGCAACACCUCCUCCAGAUUAUUUUAUGAAGAUUUUUAACUACUUUAAAAGUUACGCCAGUGAUUCGUCUAGAUUUUACUACGCUUAA